GCCCUCCCACUUCUUGUUUUGAAUUAAUCACCAACCCCACCAUUUUUUUUCUUCAUUCAUUCUUCAUUUCUUCUCCUACCCAUUUAUUCCAACACCAAUAAAAACCAAAACUAAUUAAUGUUAUUUAAUUCAUUUCCCACACCCAAUUCCAAACCCAUCAUUUAAUUUUUUCUAUUUCUUUCUUCUCUACUAAUUAAUUCUUUCCCCAUCAAUUUUCCCUUUCUACUACUCAACAGUAUUUAUUUAUUUAUCAUAAUCAUCUUCUUCUUCUUCUUCAGAAUUCAAUCUCUCUGUCUUUUUUGUUCUUGUAUUAUAUUAUUCUCUUUUUAUUUUCUAGGCUUGUAUUGAAUUAAAUUUUAAUUAAUUUGAAUUUGAAUUUGAAUUGAAUUGAAUUGAAUUAUGAUGAGUAUGGAGAUUAAAAGUGAAGCUAAUUCUGGGUUAAUUACUCGUGAUUUUCUUGGUGGUGGGUGUUUUGGUGUUGAAUCUAAAGAGUUAGACCUUGAUUUACGUGUCCCUACUGGUUGGGAAAAACGCCUUGAUCUUAAGUCAGGAAAAGUGUUUCUACAGAGAUGCAACCCUGCAUAUACAGCAAAUGAACAGAGGAAUGCAGCAAACAAAAUGUCCCCAAAACACCAUGAUUUAAAUACAAGCUUUCUUCAAUCAUCCUCAACAAACAGUAUAAAACAGAGUACUCCACUUGGUCUACUUGAACACCCAAGUUUAGAUUUAAAGCUUGUCUCAAACAAUGAUUCACCCAUUUCCUAUACAAGUGUUUGUACUUUAGACAAAGUGAAAUCAGCCCUUGAUAGAGCUGAGAGAGCCUCACCCACUACAUCAUCUUCAUCAUCGUCUUCUAAGAAACGUUUGUUGAUGAUGUCAACUCCAUCUCCGUCCAACAACUCAUCAGUUUCCGAUGAGCGGGACCCAUUAAGUAAUCAAAAUGGAGGCCUAUUGGUAGCUGCAGCUUGCCCUGGUUGCUUGCUGUAUGUGUUGAUUUCUAAGAAUGAUCCUAGAUGUCCCAAAUGCAGUUCUCUUGUAAAUUUGCCUGUGUUGUCUAAGAAGCCUAAGAUUGAUCUUAACAUUUCGAUAUAAAUGGAUGAAUGGAUGAAUAAGUAAUCGAAUGAAUGGUAGAUAUUAGUAGAAUGGUUGAAGCAUUUGGUAUGCUACUUACACGAUAAUGAUGAUAGUUCUAUAGUAGAUAGAAAAAUGGAUAUGUACAUUUCAAAAGUAAUACAAGAUCAAGAAUUUCUUUGCAUUUGUUUGAAGUCAAUUUUGGUUGUCCCAUUUGUUUGAAUAUUCAAAUACAUCAUUUAAGUACUACCUCUGUUUUCAAAUUUUUAU